GUGGGACUCCCUUGCCCAGGAAGUAGACGUGGUCAUUCAUAACGGCGCCACGGUGCAUUGGGUCAAGAGAUAUGCUGAUAUGAAGACUGCCAAUGUCUUCUCCACCGUUGAUGCUAUGCGGCUCUGUAAUGAGGGAAGGCCGAAGACAUCUAUCUACCUUUGUCAGCUCCACUAGUGUCCUGGACACUGACCACUAUGUCAACACGGUCAACUCAGUCCCCGUCAAUCACGUUUCGCGCGUCGUUGUGGCGUCUGCUCUCAACCCUCUUGCCGGUGGUGUGCAUGUCGCUCAUGUGACCGGCCACCCUCGCCUUCGUAUGAACGAGCACCUCUCUGCUCUCGAGUACUUUGGCUACAAGAUCUCAGAAGUGAGCUACGACGAGUGGAAGGACGAGCUUGAGCACUAUGUCUCUGCAGGUAGACAGGAGAAAGACCAGGAGCAGCACGCCCUGAUGUCCCUGUAUCAUUUCUGUACCAAUGACCUCCCCGCGAACACUCGUGCCCCUGAACUCAACGACAGGAACACUGUCAAGAUUCUCAAGGACGAUGCUGAGAACUGGACCGGGGUUAACGAGAGCUCCGGAUACGGAGUCUCCCGAACCGACGUUGGUCGAUUUCUCCAUUUCGGUUUGUGACCUGGCCUACGGGCAGGGGUCGACCUCUUCCCGAGGUGAACUUGUCCCCAGCACAGCUUGAGGCAGUUAGAGCCGUUGGAGGUCGCGGUGGCGGCGCUGCUGGUGGUGGCACGCUUUGAUUUAGAGGGUUUCUAAUUGGCUAGUAUUCGGUGUAUUUACG